AUGCCGCGAACGCCUACCACGUUCCAUCGUUGGGUAGAAAAAAUGAACAAAGUUUGGGGGAAUUUACUCCAUCAAUAUCCCGAGAUACCAAAAUUUCUGACUGAAGAAGAUUUACCCUUCCAGAUCGGGGAAAAUAUUACGGUGAAAGAUUAUAAUACCUUCCUCGAUCGCAACGAAUCAUCCGGAUAUAAGUUUUAUUGGAAUAAUAAAAAAGUAUACAUAAUUGAGAUGGCAAACCGGCGACAUGAAAGUGUUACAACUGUGCUUUCCAGAUGCUUUGAUAGGCCUAAUAACGGUGCGAUAGUCGGUCCGCUAGAGGUUUCUCAUCAACCAUUCCACCAUAACCCAGUUGGCCAAGGAGAAAAAAUAGCGCCAGACCUUGCAGUUUGUCCAAUUGAUAAUCUUGUUCAGCCAACACGUCCACAUCCUGGAUUUCCUCGCAGUGACUAUGUUGGGUUACCUCAUGCAAGAAUCAUCUGCGAAGUGGCUGAUACUCAAACCACCGGUUCAUGGAAUACCAAAUGUGAAGCAUGGAUGCACGAGGAAUAUGUUCGCUGCGUGUUUGGUGUUAAACUUUAUCCUGAAAAAACCUUACAAACAACUGUUCAUCGAGCAAUAAUUGCAAGGUUGUGGGUGCGUCGAGAAAUCCCAGGUAGUGUGUUAUCUUCAAACACAAGUUUGGUGGAAAAAGGCGUUUACGUUAAAGAGUGGGAAUGCGGAACGAUACGCAAUAAUUCGUCUACUCUUACCAACUGCAAUGCUCCGGAUCUAGAUGCGUUCAAAGUAACCAUUCCUGUCUCAAAUGUAUUUUGGGACCCUCCAAUUGUUCAUGGUGUUCCGAAAACCGACGAUUAUGCUGUAGUGGUACCAGAUAUAGUUGUUGGGAACAACUUUGUAAUUGACUUAUAUGACAUACAACGAGUAGUUCUACGUCGAUUUACGUGA